GCACAAACAAAACAUUUCCCGCAAAGGAUUUCAAAACUCUUCCAUACAAUAAUAAAAAUGAGCGGUUAUCAAAAUCUUCAAGAUGAAGCUGAUGAAUACGUUCCAACCAGUGAACAAAUUCAACAAGAAGAAGCACAACAACAACAACCAACUUUUACUCAAAAGCAAGAACCAAUUGUUCACCAACAACAACAACCAAAUGUUGCUACUACUGGUCAACAACAACAACAAGCCUUCUAUGCUGUUCCGGUUAUGGGACAAGAUGGACAACAACAAAUUGCCUACAUUCCACAAAGUCAAUAUGCCCAGUUUCUUCAACAACAACAAAUGUAUCAACAAUAUUUACAACAACAACAGUUAUUGCAACAACAACAACAACAAUCUGGACAACCACAAAUUCAAUUGCCUCCUCUCCCAAAUGUAAAUCAUAUUCCACAACAACAACCUACCUAUGUUCCAUCUACUCUUCCACCUACCAUUCAACCAACUACUACUCCUAUUGUAACCAAUACUACUGUUCAAGUUACUGAUGAAUCCUAUGUCAAGGUUCAAGGAGUUGAACCAGCACUUGUUUUGCUCUGUAAUUUGGUCUUCCCUGGUUUGGGACAUUUUGUCAUUGGACAACAAUCAAAGGGUGCUAUCUAUCUCGUUGUUUCAGUUGUUUUGACUACCAUUCUUGCCGUAUUGUGUGCCUUCUUUAUUGGUAUUCCAUUAAUUCCUCUCGUUCUCAUUUACAAUAUUCUCGUUAUGAUUGAUGGUUAUGUUAUUGCUGAUCGUAUUCGUAAGGGUUAUCCAGUUUUGAAGGGUGAAUGUUAUUGCAGAAUUACUAGUUGGGGUGUUUCUUUGGUUGAAACUAAGAGCCCUGUAUUCGUUCAUGGUAGUGCUGCUGAACCAGCUGUUUGGCAAUUACAAUGCAGACAAGUUGAUAGACAAAGAAAUCUUUAAUUCUCUCUUUGGAUUUCUCUAUUGUAAAUAAACCACAAAACUAACUCUGACAACUU